CGAGGAGAUCUUCAGUGACAACCGGACGGCCAUAUUUGACCGAGGAAGAGUUUUUGUGCACUUCUCCAGGUGUAAACUUGUUCUAUUUCGCAGUGAUUAAGAUGCUUUUGCCGUAAAAGUGGCGUUUGUAAGUGAUAACCAGAGUUUCGAGCGUUAUUUCCUCCUGAAGAUGCAGCAAGUGGACGAUCCCCCGUAUUUGUCUGUCGGCACGGAGGUUAGCGCUAAGUACAAGGGGGCGUUCUGCGAGGCGAAGGUCCGCAAAGUGGUCAGGAACAUAAAAUGCAAGGUGGCGUACAAACAAGGCCUUGGCUCCGGAACCGUGUCAGACGACCAGAUAAAAGGGGGCAAUCUGCGCGUGGGCGCCACCGUGGAGGUGAAGCAUCCUGACAGGAGGGAGUUCGUAGAGGCAACCAUCACGAAAAUCCAGGACUGCUCACAGUACACGGUUGUCUUUGACGAUGGAGACAUCACGACGCUUCGACGGAGUGCUCUUUGUCUGAAGAGCGGGCGUCACUUCAACGAGAGCGAGACACUGGACCAGCUGCCUCUCACCCACCCCGAGCACUUUGGCAAUCCCGUCGUGGGCGGUCGACGUGGAAGGAGUUUGUACUUUGUCAGGUCCCGUGCAAUGCACGAUGACAGCUCGGAUGAGGAGGACGAAGUGGAGAGCACCAAGCCAGCGCCCCAUGAAAAGGAGGAGCACAUAGGAAAGGUGGUUUGCGUGGAGAGCACUGAGACGAAGAAGAAGAAUCAGAAGGAGAACUGGUUUCCGGGUCUCGUGGUGGCUCCCACGGCUCAGGAUACUGUCAGAAUCCGCGUGAAGGAUGAAUAUCUGGUGAGAUCGUUCAAAGAUGGGCGCUACUACACCGUGCCCAAGAAGGAAGCCACGCAAUUCACGCGGGAACAAGCUAAGAAUCAGGAUGGCGUGGCUGUCCAGGCGGCUCUUGAGUAUCUCGACAACGACACACUGCCGCCACAUUGGGACAGAGACGCUUUGUUUGGCAUUUCGGCCAGCUCGAGUGACUACGAUCAGGAAUUCGAUUCAGACAGUUCUGAUGACGAGCCUCGGGAGGAGAAAGAUCACUUUGUGGCGCAAUUGUACAAAUACAUGGACGACAGAGGCACUCCUCUGAACAAGGGCCCCUCAAUCGUGAAUCGUGAUAUUGAUCUCUAUCGCUUGUUCAGAGCUGCUCAGAAGCUGGGCGGCUACAAUCGUGUCACGAGUCAGAAUCAGUGGAAAGCCAUUGCUUUGCGAUUAGGAUUCGUCCCGGCGACAACAAGCAUCACUAAUCUCGUAAAGCAAGCGUACAAAAAGUUCCUGCAACCCUUUGAAGAGUUCAACAGGAAAUUGGGCUGCACGAUGGUCGCUCAUCCGCGGGCAAAUAGGAUAAAGGGCAGAAGUCUCGUGAGAGCAAACUCAGUGGCGUCUCCGAAGCCUGUUGAUGGCAAGGAGACCAAAUCUGUCUCGUCAACAGCCACAGAUGAGUUUGAGAACAGUGAAUCCAGUUCGGAGCCCACAAAGACGAAGAGGAAGCUGUCGACAAACAGUGGAAAUGGGAGUGGAACGGCCAGGAGCAAGGUUGCAGUUGUUGAGAAGGUUGAGGAGAAAAUUCCCAAGGAGGAAGAGGUUGAACCUCCGCCAAAACCACCACCCAAGGGCAAGGCAGCCAAGGUGGAGAGAGAUGUUAAGGAGGAAGUGACAUUGGUGAAGACUACAAAGGCAGCUGUGGCAAAGGAAGAGCCGGUGAAAAGUGAAGUUAUCGCAACAACUCCCACGAGUAGCGCCAAGAAGGAGAAGGCGACUCCCAAGGCGAAGAAUGAUGAUAAACGUGGACGAAAGAAGAAAGAUGCUGAAGCUACGGACAAGGCAGAUGUCAAGGAAGUCAAAGGGGAAGCAAAGAAGGUCUCAGAAACUACUACAGCCGAUGACUUUCCUGUGGAAGUUGGGGACAAGUUGAACGUGUACUAUCACGAGGAGACCGUGACGUAUGAGGCGAAGGUAAUUGAGAAGUCCACACAGAAUGGCAAUCCUAUCUUCCUGGUGCACUACACAGGCUGGAAUACACGGUAUGAUGAGUGGGUUCCUAAGGACAGAAUCGUGGAGAAUCUCACGAAUAAGCAGAAACGUACAAAGAGUGCAACGACAAAGAGCACUCCGACUGUGGAUAAGCCACCAUCUAUGCCGCCGGUGAAGUCUGCGGCCAAAAGAGGCCGUGGAGGCUCCAGGAGCGACUCUCAGCCGCCAAGAUCAACUACCCCAUCUUCCAUAACGUCCAACUCUAGCAGGACAAAGUCGCCAGCCACUCCAGCGCAGCGAAGAACAACUCGAGGACAGCCGCAGAACAUCAGAAGAACUUCCAAUAAUACUGACAUCUCAUCACUGCACACGGAAUCGGACACAGACUCAGAUGAGCCCGUGAAGAAGCCUAGUCGUGCCACUACAUCCUUCACAAUUCCCGGAAAAGCUGGUCCGGGAACAGUUCCACAAUUGCCGGAGGCUAUUGUGCCCGUUGUGGCCAUGAGGAAUGUGGGGAAGGAAAUCCAGGCAGCGCUGAAGGAGGAUGAAGAAGCCACAAAGGGCAGGGAUUACGACCUCAAUCAGAUUAGAUCGGAAUUGAAGGGGUUCAAGGAGAUGAAGUCUCCAUCUCCGGAAGCAGCUGAGCAAUCGCCAACUUCCAGUUCUCAUCACGAUCAUAAGACAAGUCUAUUUGAUCUGUCAGACUCCAAUACGGAUUCCAGUGAGCAGAAGAGCGAUGUGGCCAAGGGCAAGCUAACGUCUGGCACAUCUUCGGAGUGUGACUCGUUUGGGGAUGAUGACUCGCAAUCGUCGGAGAAGCUUGUCAAGUUGGAGAAAGCGCAACCGGUGAAGGCCGAGAGGGUGACUAAGAAGUCAUUGAGUGAGAAGAAGAAGGAGGCUGAUCUGUUGAGUGAUAAGAAUGUAACUAAAGUGGCGGUGAGUGUGGAGAAGAUGGAGACAAAGGCAUUGACGGGGAAGAUGCAGGGUUUCAAGGGGAGUCUUGCGGAGAAGAAGAAGGAAGAGAAGGCAGCAAAGGCGGAAACUCCGACGAAGAAGACAACAGCUAAAGGGGAAAAGACUCCGACGCCGAGGGCAGAGAAGAAGGCUGUUGGUGAGAAAACCAAGGCUCAGACAACACCGAAAACGACGAAAACUCCUGCUCAGGAUAAAAAGGAGCCGCCGACAAAGGAAGCGCCAGCUGAGGGAGAUAUUUAUGAGUUCAAGGAGCCAGAACCUUUUGAAUUUGAAAGUGCCACUGGUGGAGGUGCUAGGAAGAUGGCCACACCGGCAACUGCUGCAGCGGAAACCACUCCUCCAGCUCCUCCGGAGAAGAAGGGCAAGAAGGCUCGUCAGCCGCCCGAGGACACAGAAGCUAAACCGGCAGGUCCAGCUGCGAAGAAGGCCAAGAAGACGCCAACAAAGGCGGUGGAAGUUGAGAAAGUGAAGCCACUGAAGAAGGAUGAGAAUCUAGAUGCUCUCAUUCCUGUCCACUUGAUCCCAAUUCCCAAUGUGAAGCAAACAACAUCUCAGCCACCAGUAACCACCGUUCAGGGAUUGUCAUCGGAUCCCUUUGAUGCUCUCAGGAAGAGCCCAAGCUUCAAUUUGGCCAACACACUGAGUAGCAGUUCGCCAGAGAUGCCAACAAUGUCUUCAGCUCAGGAGCAAUCGACUUCCAAACUGCCCAUCUUCACGGAUGACAAGUUUUUGAAGAUCUCCGCCGACGUGAAGCGUCCUGUUGAGAGCUUCAAGAGUCCGGCUUUUGUCAAUUCCUUCACAAAUGUUCUCGACGCUCCGUGUCAAUUCGGGGGCAGCAUCAAGGAUGUGUUCAAGGGCACUGAAGAUGACAAGAUGAAAAUUGAUGCGACGAAAGAUCUCGAGACAGCUAAGAAGAUGUUCCUCGCCUCGGAAUCUCCGUUUGAUAUUGAGAAACCACUGAAGAUUGAGGGACCUUCCAUUGCUGAUAAGAUACUCAUGAAAUCCCUAAGUACACAGCCAUCAGCAGGAGGUGAGGUGAAGACGGAAGAGUCUCAAUUAUCGCCAGCUCCAGCCACUAUCAAAUCACCGGAUCCUACGCAAAAUGCCGCAAAGGUUGAAGUUCCAACGCCUCCAGUUCCGCCUCCGGUGAAGUUUGAGAUUCCACCGAUGGUGGUGAAGAAGGAGGUGGAAGUGAAGGUGAAGACACAAGCAGUAUUGCCGUGUGCUGACGCUGGAAAGGCGGAUCCGGACAUGCCUCCGAAGAACAAUGAUCUCUGCGAGACGAUUCAGAAGCUUGAGUCAGCCAUACAGAAGUCCUCAACUCUCAAUCGCUUCACUGAAGAUUCGUCGGACAGCACGGAUUCGGAGCAGAGACUGGUGAUUGAGGAUGAGUCACACAGUUCAGAGGCGGUGCAGUCGAAGGAGGUGGAGAAGAAAGAGGCGCCGCAGCCGGCCAAGCCCGAGAAGAGUCUCACGGUGCCUCCUCUCAAGGUGGAUAGUAUUACACUGAAGGAGGAGAGUCUGUCCUUCGCCACGAAAUUUCAGGAAUCACUCUAUGGGAUUAAGUCUCCUGAGAAUCCAGCAAGUGCAACGAAAAUUCCACAAACUCAGUCUGAGAAGGAUCCUCUGGCCGUGAUGAAGUCGCCUUCGAGUGAGGAUACAAAGCCUGAUCUCACGUGCAAGGAGUCAUUCGAUGAUUUCUUCACGGAAAAGAAGGAGGCUGUUCCGGAGGGUGGUCAGAUUAGCGAGUCUUUCUCCUUGCUGCUCUGCGAAGAGACCAUUCCGUGCAGUCCGGUGGCCAGUGGACAUCUCCGUGAGGCUGGUGAGAGUGCCAAGAGACUCCACAAUCCGCAUCCCAUCACAGCGGACAUCAAGCCGGUGCCAAUGGAUAUUGAGACGACUGAGGUGAAGGUGGAGCCUCAGAGAACACCCAACAGCUCUCCAAGAGACUCCAUUAGUCCCGAUGACCGCACUGAAGAGUCUGGUGUUCAGAAGAAGCGCAAGAGAUUGAGAAAGUCGUCGGAAUCUGAGGUGACGACGCUGCCCAAGAGGCGAAAACCUCCCACAAGGAGAACAGCAACAUCAGCAACAAAUGGAUCGGACAGUGAAGACAAUUCUGAUCCGAGCAGCACUCACAGGACUCACGUGAGGAGAUCUCCCAAGCCAUGCCAGUACAACUUCCUCGUCCAAUUGGAUCCAGCACUGAAUAGUGGUCAGCGCAUUGCGAUAUUGAAGAAGAAGAUUCAGGAGUUGCGCAAGACGUACAAUCAGAUUAAGGCGGAGUUGGCGAGUAUCGACAGGCGGCGAAAGAAGCUGAGGAGGCGCGAGAGGGAGAACAAGAAGAAUCAACAAAAGGCGGCGGCAACUUGAGCGUCUUUGAAUUGUACAUACAAGAUGGAAUUCCUCUACAUAGUGAGUAACAUCAUUUGACUUUAGUUUAUGAUUUUUGUAAGCAUUGGAAGUUGUAUUUUGCUUUUGAAUCCUCUUUUAUGUAAUGACUUAUUUUUUUUUAACCUUUUACUGUAAAGUUUCGAUACGAAAUCAGUGAGAAUAAAGGUUAUAUUAGUAGUAAAUUUCAGAGAGAGUUUCAGUGGAGAUUUUGGUUCUUUUGCAAAGAGACAAAUCGAAGUAAAGUAAUAAAACUGGC